CACACUUACUUCAGUCUAAAAACCACCAAGUUUCUACAAAUAGCCAUGCAAUACCUGUUAGGAAUUGUUGUCACUCUACUCUGCCUGGUAGUCACUUCUUGUCAUCCCACUUGUCGUAGCGAUGAGAGUUCUGCCUUGCUUCGCUUCUCAAAUUCCUUGUCAAUUGAUCCAUCCGCCUCUGGUUGCACAUCCAGAAGAGCAAAAACAAUGUCAUGGAAUAAUAGCAUCGACUGUUGUCAAUGGGACGGGAUCACUUGCGAUCCAUUAACCAGUCAUGUUAUUGGUCUUGACCUUGGCUGCUCCCAACUUAGUGGAAGUCUCGACUCAAAUAGCACCCUCUUCCAACUUCAUCAUCUCGAAAGCCUUUCAUUAAACGACAAUGAUUUUAACGGCUCUUCCAUUCCUCCUAAAUUUGGAGAUUUCUCACACUUAUCCUUGCUUAACCUCUAUGAAUCAAAUUUCCAGGGCAGGGUGCCUCACGAGAUAUCCAAACUCCGAAAACUCGAAUUACUUGACCUUUCUGGAAAUUAUCUUGAAAUGCCAGGUGUCAAUAGUAUCAUUGAAAACUUAACAUCCUUGUCAUAUCUUGAUCUUGGUCGUGUCCCAAUCAAUUCAAAUUUUCCUGCAUCUCUGGUAAACUUAUCUUCCUUAACGUAUUUAGACCUAUCAUUCUGUGGUUUGCAGGGGAAAUUUUCUUCUGACAUUCUUGAUUUACCAUACUUGCAAACACUUUCUUUAGCGUAUAAUAGCGACCUCGUCACAAAGUUAGGUAGUUGGAGCAGCCCUUUGAUACACCUAGGACUUCGUUCUACAAAAUUCUCCGGGCAACUACCAUACUCCAUAAACCAAACUAGCCCGAGCUACUUAGAUCUAUCGUAUAGCGGUGUUCAUGGUCCUAUACCACCAUGGGUUUGGAAUGUCACUAACGAAAUCAUUCUUUCAAAUAAUUUUCUUACUGCUGGUCUGCCUUCAUCGCUAAACAUUCAUACGCUCUCUAAUCUUUCCAGCCUCUACCUUAACAACAACAUGCUUACCGGAACCAUACCAUCUUGGCCGUUCCAACUCCCUUCAUUAAUUACCUUGAACCUCCAUUCCAACCAGUUUAGUGGUUCAUUGAGACAUGUUUCUGGUAAUAAUGGUAGCAAUUCCUUGCAGAUACUUGAUUUGUCGGACAACAGCUUUACCGGUGAUGUUGAGCUUAGUAUGUUUUCUAUGUUUACAGAUCUUGAUGCUCUUGAUUUAUCUUUAAAUAGUUUAUCAGUGUCUACUAAACUCAACUCCUCCUCGAUGCUGUCCAAAUUAUCAUAUUUGGGACUCUCUUCUUGCAAUAUUAGUAAGUUUCCUUACUUGGGAGACCAAGAAAGACUCGAAGACUUGCAUCUUGAAGAUAACAACAUCCGAGGUGAGAUUCCCAAAUGGAUGGUUAACAUUAGCCAGGCUCAACCUGAUGCAUCUUUAUACUUAGACCUUUCUAAUAAUUCUCUAACACAUGGUCUAGAGUAUCUCCCUUGGGAGAAAUUGAGUUAUGUCUACCUUUCAUCCAACAAGUUACAAGAGCCUCUUCCGAUUUUGCAAACAAAUCUAGAGCUUGCGGCAUUAUUUGUGUCAAAUAACAGACUAAAUGGCACCAUUAAUCCAUCCUUUUGUCAUUUGACUAAAAUCCGCUGCCUUGAUUUAUCGAACAACACUCUUAGCGGAGAAAUCCCUCAUUGUUUGGUAAAUAAUAGCACUCAGCUCGCUGCAUUAAAUCUUCAAGCGAACAGACUAAAUGGCACCAUACCUGCAAAUUUCUCUAACUGUGAUUCAUUACAGUAUCUAGAUUUAAGUGACAAUCAAUUGGAAGGGGUGGUGCCAAAUUCUCUGUCACAGUGUAAAAGCCUAAACGUACUGUAUCUCGGGAAUAACAAGUUAGAGGGUACGUUGCCAUCAUGGCUAGACAGCCUCCCGCAGCUGCAAGUUCUCAGUCUACGUUACAAUAACUUCCACGGACCUCUAAUUACUUCGACAAAGCAUGAUCAUCUAUUUCCAGAGCUGCAAAUUCUCGACCUCUCAAAUAACAACUUUUCUGGAAAAUUACCAGCAAAAUACAUACAAAAUUUCAGAGCCAUGAUGAAGAUGAACGAGUCAAGUCCUGUUAGUCCACAGUACAUGGGAUACGGGUACUUGUACUCAUAUUCCAUCACGUUAACAUUUAAUGGGAAUAUGCAGAAAUAUGAAAAGAUCAUCACCACAAUGGCGACUUUUGAUAUGUCGAAAAAACAGAUUUGGCUUAAUCUUUCAAAUAACCGCCUUACUGGGCACAUCCCUCCGUCCAUCGGGAUGUUGUCCUUGCUGGACUGCUUGGACCUUUCGUCCAACAUGCUCACUGGUCGUAUCCCACAAGAACUUGUUAGUUUGACAUUUCUUGGGGUCUUCGAUGUUUCGCAAAACCUACUGGAGGGGCCUAUACCUCAAGGGAAGAACAUUGGUACGUUCUCAGCUGAUUCAUACAAGAAGAAUCCAGGAUUGUGUGGACAACCAUUGCCCAAGUGUGGAGGAAGUGAUCCGCCGUUCGUGAACAACACCGGAGAUGACCAGAAUGACUCUAGUGAUUAUUGGAGCAUACUGCCAGAGUGGGAAAUCGUACUGAUGGGCUUUAGCAGUGGCGUAGUAGUUGGCUUGGCUUGGGGAUAUUAUAUGUUAGUUGCGUAUUCAUCAUCUUACCAUAGAUCUUUAUCAUCCGAGCAGUGUCAUGAUGAAGAAAGAGUUGCACUGCUUGGCUUUAAAACAUCCUUCACCCUCGAGUCUGAAUUCAAUAACUGUCCAAAUGCCAAAUCAAAGACAUCAUCAUGGAAUAAAGAUGGCAACUGUUGUGAAUGGGAAGGUGUCAACAUUAUUGAUCUAGAACUGCCUAUAUUCAAGAAAAUUAUUGACAACCUGAUGGAGUUAAGGGAGCUCCAUCUCAGCAAUGUGAACAUCAAUUCAGCAUUGCCGCAGUCAAUUGUGAACCUCACAUCCUUAAGAUCACUUAAGCUACAUGAAACCAAUCUGCAAGGAGAAUUGCCAAUUAAAAUUUUCAACUUACCUCAUCUUAGAGUACUUGAUGUUGGUAAUAAUUGGCCUCUUCAGUCAAGCUGUUUCUUUGAUGGGGAAAUUCCGAAAUGGGUGUGGAACACCACAGAAAAGAUCGACUUACGGGAUAAUCAUUUCAGAGGUAACCUCCCUUCUUCAAUCAAUACAAGCAAAAUAUCAAGUCCUUACUAUCUUAGUCUAGAUUUCAAUUUCCUCGAGGGAAGAAUACCAGCAUGGAUGUUCACUCUACCCUCCCUGAAAAGUUUAAGCCUCGUCACUAAUCAAUUCACUAGUCUGCCUAGUGAAGUUGUUUUUAAUGACAGUAAUGAGUCACAGUUACAAGAAUUGGAAUUGGAGGGUAACAAAUUAGAAGGAUCAUUCCCACAAUGGAUUCUGCAAUUUGUAAACCUCGAGCAUUUCGAUAUCUCAUCCAAUAACUUGAGUGGCGUGGUGCAGCUAGAUAUGUUGACUGGUCUCCACAAACUCCAGUUACUCAGCUUAACAGACAACAAACUCUCAGUGAAUACAAGUAUCACUGUCACAAACAAUAGUUCAACCACUGCCUGGCCUAAUCUAACUUUCCUAGGUCUCUCCUCUAGCAACACAGGUGAGUUUCCUGGUUUCCUAAAAGACCAGCUAAAACUUGAAUCCUUAUACUUGUCCAGAAACAACAUUCAUGGCAACGUACCCAAGUGGCUUCAAAACUUAGCAGAGAUAUCAGAUAUGGAUCUUUCACAUAACUCGCUUUCUGGAGGUUUAGAACAUCUUCCUUGGGAGAGCUUACAGGACAUUGACCUCUCCUUUAACACUCUAAAAGGACCACUUCCACUUCCAAAAGCAUCUUCCACCAUUAUUUCAUUUUCUGCUUCAGAUAAUAGCUUCAUAGGCCCCAUUGAUGAAUCAAUUUGUAUCCUGAUAUACCUUUAUCUCCUGGAUGUAUCAAACAACAGAUUGGAAGGAGAAAUUCCUCGUUAUUUGGGAAACUUUAGCAAUUCACUUGUUGUAUUGAAUUUGGGGUCGAACAGCUUCCAUGGCACUCUACCUGCAUACUGGGGAACAUGUGAUGAAAUGGGAGGUAUCGGUUACAAGUACUCAAUUGUGCUAUCAUUCAAAGGUUUGCAGACUAAGUAUGAGAAGAUCAUCACUACCCUUGUGGAUUUUGAUCUUUCAUCCAAUGCAUUUGAAGGAGAGAUUCCCGAUUAUAUUGGUCAGUUGGUCUUGAUUCGGGGCCUUAACCUCUCACACAACAGGCUCACAGGGCCAAUCCCUCCAACAAUCAGCAAUCUGAAGUUGCUUGAAUCCUUGGACCUUUCUUUCAACAUGCUCAUCGGGAAAAUUCCUCAGGAAUCGGUGAGUUUGACAUUUAUGGGAGUCUUCAAUGUAUCAAUGAACAACCUAGUGGGUCCCAUACCUCAUGGAAACAAUUUUGGCACUUUUCCAGCAGAAUCAUACAUGGGUAAUCCUGGAUUAUGUGGAUUACCAUUGCCAGAGUGUGGAAAAGAUAACAGGCCGAGGUUAGAUCCUUCAGUUAGCGAAACAAAUGAUGAUGAUAUUGAAGAUGGAGGCAUGUUGUCAGAAUGGAAAAUCAUCCUGAUCGGAUAUGGUUUUGGUACGGUGGUGGGGAUGGCUUGUUGGGGAUACUAUAUGUUGUCAGUUGGAAAACCCUUAUGGCUAGCUAAAUUAGCUCACAGGAUGGAGCUGGCAACUAUUCAAUUUUCUGGGAAGCUAUUUGGAAGACGAGCAAGAAGAGCAAGGAAUUGAAGAGAACGAUGAACAAUAUAUAAAGAGGUGUGACUAUUCAUAAUCAUGAGUUUCCAAGCAAUUAAAUUUACUUUCUAAUGCAAGCAGAAGUAUCAUCAUAAUUUCAAACUAUUUGUUCAUUUAAGAUUUUUAAAAGUAAUUGAAAUUUUGAUCAUUUGCCAUUACUGCAGGCUACAAUACCUUGCCAAACCGGAUAAUGAGAGAAGCUAUCCCAGGAUGCAUAUACUCUUUUUUUUAAU